GAAUUGCGUCGGCGUCGUGGCCGAGGUCGCGGUCGUGGACUGUCUAGCCUUACCUUAGUCUCUGGUUUGUCUAAAUCACUCACCUGCUCUCCCUCUAGUGGCUUGCGCCGAGGUCGUGGCCGCCGCGGACGCCCAGCCAAUGUCUCUUCGAGCACACCUGCAGCAGCUUCUGGUUCCAACGCAUCUGCUGUAGUGUAUUAUCACCGGCGUCGUCGGGGUACUCAAGUUUCAACUCUGACUGCUGCCUCGACUGGCACUAACGGUGGUCAUCUUGGCAGGCGUUUCGCUCUGGUCCACAGGCCUUCCGCUCCUUUUGCCUCCCCAGAAAAGAGGCAGCGUCGCAAGAGUAAGACUAGGCCUAGCUCUCCUGGCUCGAUAAGGCGUCCGUGCAUGAGCCAAUCACAUGGAGACGACUCUUUUACACGAGCCAGUGAUGAAGAUUUGCGACGGAAGGUAUUCAUCUUUUUUUGA